AUGGCAACAGCUUUACUAGUAAGGGAAGACUCCACAGAAAAUGAAGAAGUGAAGAAGGUACCACCUUCUUACUAUGAAAUUUUAAACCAUGAAGGCAAAACUGCACAUGAAGUAUUUACCGAGGAACAUCAGUUACAGCUCCAGGCGGCUAUUAUGAGGACAAUGGGUAUCCCAUUUUCUCAAAAAAUUGGGUUUUCACCUUAUUCGCCGUUUCAAACGGAAUAUCACUCUUCACUUACUAGCACUUCUUUAUUAGCAUUUGUUUCUCUUUUAACUUCUCGUCAAGCGGAAGAGGAUUUUUUGCACGUUUGGCCAGACAGUCUGUCUAUGGAACUUCAAAGCAUGCUUGCCUCCAUAACAUUCAUGACCAUUAGCUUUUGUUCCCCGUUGUAUCUUGUGCUCAUCGGGAAGAACAGAUGGCUUCUUCCUCCUUUGGCCUUAUUUGCUUUGGUCCCUAUCUUUGCACUUUUGCGAUCGCUAUUCCCAUUUUUUUCCGCUGUGUCUUCUUCAACACCUGGACUUGGCCGCGUCUUUAGCAGAAAGAGCAAAGCUGAUAUUCCAAAAGCCACAUUGAUAGCAUCAAAGUGCAUGAAGCUACGUACGAUAUUAGCAGUUUCCAUUAAACAUUUGGCAGGAGUUGUAAGCACAGUACAACCAAUAAUUGAUCAGCUGGGAGCAGAGAGCACCAAAUCAAAGCAAGAUUACACGUACUACUUGCCACUAUACAGGGCUUCACUAUGUGGUGAUUGGGAAAAGGCAAAAUCAUUCUUGGAAAAAGACAAGGAUGGAAAUAGAGCUCCGAUAACAUCCUUGUUACAAACGGCACUUCACAUUGCUAUUGGGUUGAAGAACGACGAUGCCAAGUAUUUCAUUGAGAAUUUGGUGAAAUCAAUGACGGAUGAUGAUGCGUUAGCCAUAUUACAAGACAGUUCGGGGGAAACGCCUCUUCAUUAUGCUGCUCGGUUUGGCAACUUAGAUGCUGCGAAAAUUCUUGUCCAGGGAAACCCUAAUUUGCCACAUGUUGCAUCCAACAAAGGCCUUUAUCCAAUUCAUCUAGCAGCUGAAUAUGGUUACAAUUCUGUAGAUUUGGUUCAUUACUUCUUCAGUGUCACCAAAGAUUCUGCUCCUUACACUGGCCGCACUGGUGUUAGGCUGCUUUACAGAUUGAUUUGUGCGGACUUGUACGAUUUGGCUAAGGCUCUGGUAGAUAAAUUUCCCGAUUUGGCAUCAUAUUAUUCAGAUGAACUAUAUCCUUUAGCGCUAUUGGCUACAAAGGUAUUUGUAUUUGUGGGUCCAAGUGGUCUAAACUCUCACAAGCGAGCUUCCUUUAGAGAAAGCAGAUCAACGUCAAUAAUGCCGCAAGCAAGAGCAAAGAGCAAUGAUAUCGAGAAUAAUGCAGUCGACGAACCAAAUAAGCUGAUGCCCAAAUUUACCCAGAAGUUACUUUCCCUGUAUUAUGCUUCUUCCAACUUUGUAAGAAAAUAUGGUAAGUUCCGAUAUCACAAUUUUAGUUUUCAAUUCUUUUGUUUUUUUUUAGAUUUUAUGUAGCAUGUUUU